UGGAAGCUUCCUCCGGUCUUAGCCAAUCAAAUGCACCCGGACAGUAAACUGACCCAUCAUGGAAAGACAGGCAACACAAGCGCCCAGGCCCAGCACCACCAUGUGAGCCAAGGCCCCGCCUGCAACCUGGGUGCGAAGGGCGGCGGGGCAGGGAACCAUGGCGGCCAAGCGGGCCAGCCCCCUCCCAGCAACGCUGGGCUGAAACCCACCCCGGCCCCCAUCCCCGUCUUCGGGGCCUUGAAGGGCAAAGUGAAGCGCGAGCGCAGCGUGUCAGUGGACUCGGGAGAGCGGCGAGAAGCCCGUGCCGCCUCCCUGGACAAGGAGCUGAAAGGGGAAGUGGCUCCCCGGAGCAAGCGGCGCUGUGUGCUGGAGAGGAAGCAGCCCUACAGUGGGGAUGAGUGGUGCUCCGGCCCCGACAGCGAGGACGAGGACAAGGCGCUCGGCGGCUCCCACCAUUGUAAUGUGGUAGAGUCGGCGAUGACGGCCGCCUCGCAGCUGGGCCCAGGAUCCAAUCCACUGCCAGCCCUGAGCGAGAGCAAUGCCUCCGGCACCCCCCACAGCGCGGCCCCCGGCCUGCGGUCCGAGGUCGGGAGUGGCGUCGGGAAGCAGCCGCUGCAGGUUGUCUAUGUCUUCACCACGCACCUGGCCAACACGGCUGCGGAGGCUGUGCUUCAGGGCCGAGCAGACUCCAUUCUGGGCUACCACCAGCAGCACGUGCCCCGGGCCAAGCUGGACCAGGUCCCUGCCUCCAAGAUGCCAGCAGUUCCUGAGCCGCUGCCGAUGAGCCCGUCUCCCGCCAGCACCCCGCAGUCUCAGACGGCUGUGCCACCAAGCAGCCAAGCCCAGGGCCAGCCUCCGCCUCCUGCACCGCCAUCCCAGCCGGCAGCCCCCAACCCGCUGGCUCUCGGCCAAGGACCGCUGCCUUCCGCAAGCGCCCUCCCUCCGGAAGGAGCGGCUGAUGACGCCCGCCGGGACCUCACUCCCAACUCGGUGGGCAACGGUGGCGGCACGGCCCACGGCAGCACCCACCCCAGCACCCCCACCGCCCCCGGCUCCCUGCCAGCCAACGCUGCAGAGGGACUGCUGGGAGAAGGAGCCAUGGCCGGGGGGCCCUCUGCCGGGAAUGGCCCCCGCCACCCUCUGAACACGGAAGUCCUCUCCAAGGAGCAGCUGGAGCACCGGGAACGCUCGCUGCAGACUCUGCGGGACAUCGAGCGCCUGCUCCUGCGCAGCAGCGAGGCGGAGCCCUUCCUGAAGGGAGCUGCAGGGCCGGCCGAAGGGGGCCUUCUCCCCGGCCAGGCCCCCCCGCCGCCAGCCCCUCCCCCCAGCUCUGGCCUGAAGAAGUAUGAAGAGCCCCUGCAGUCCAUGAUCUCGCAGACGCAGAGCCUGGGGGCCCCCGGCUUGGAGCAGGAGGGGCCGCCAGUGCCCCCAGGGGUGGACAUGGGCCAGCAGAUGAGCAUGAUGAUGCAGCGGCUGGGCCAGGACAGCCUGACGCCGGAGCAGGUGGCGUGGCGCAAACUUCAGGAGGAGUACUACGAGGAGAAGCGCCGCAAGGAGGAGCAGGUCGGCAUGCACGGGGGCCGGCCCCUGCAGGAGAUGAUGCUGCCGCAGCCCAUGGGCGGCAUGGUGCUGCGGGGGCCUCCCCCGCCCUACCACAGCAAGCCCGGGGAGCAGUGGCUGCUGCGGGGCGUGCCCGUGGACAUGCAGGACCCCAUGCAGAUGCGGCCCCCCUUCGCCGGGCCACGUUUCCCUGGCAACCAGAUGCAGAGGGGCUUUGGUGGGAUGCAGAACGUGCCCCCCCUCGAGCCCCUGGGCCCCAUGAGUGCCAUGCAGCGUCCGGUGAGGCCUGGCAUGACCUGGAACGAGGAAAUGCCCAUGGGUGGCCCUGGGAACUUUGCUCCUGGGAACCUGCCUUACCCGCCGGGGCAGGGGGAGGCUGAGCGCUUCCUGACUCCCCGGGCACGCGAAGAGAUGCUGCGGCAGCAGCUGCUGGAGAAGCGGCAGGGCGGGAUGCAGCGGCCGCUUGGUGUGGAGAUGGAGCGCAUGAUGCAGGCCCAUCGGCAGGUGGACCCCGCCCUCUUUGCCAGCGAGGCUCUGGGCCUGGAGUUUGGGGGCGCGCGGGCGGUGUUGAGCCCUCCGCUUCGAGACAUGGAGCCCGCCUUGGGGCCUGGCAACCUCAACAUGAACAUGAACGUCAACAUGAACAUGAACUUAAACGUGCAGAUGGCCCCACAGCAGCAGCAGCAGAUGCUGAUGUCCCAGAAGAUGCGUGGGCCGGAGCUGGUGCCCCCAGAGGACGUCGCCCGGGCACGGGCCCCCAGUGGCAACGGAGCCAUGAUGGGGGGCCCCCACAAGAUGCUGAUGGGCUCGCCAUUCCCCGGUCAAGGGCAGCAGGGCUUCUCUUCAGCCGGGCAGGGCCCGUACCCUGCUGUGUCACAGGAGAUGGGGAGCGCGCCAGAGAUGUUUGGGACCAUGGGCAGCACCACCCGGCUCAGCCACAUCCCCCUGCCCCCAACCACCCAUGCCCCGUCCACAAACAUGCCCCAAGCCCCCACACGGGGCCUCGGCCGCCGCCCUUCAGACCUGGCCCUCAACAUGGGGCAAAUGAACUCUCCCAGCGUGGGUCGCCUCAAGUCCCCGACCAUCAGCCAAGUGCAUUCUCCACUGGGCACCUCCCCUUCUGCGAACCUCAAGUCCCCCCAGACGCCCUCUGCUAUGGCCAGCCUGCCAUCCGCCAGCGCCCCCAGUGGGCCUCUCAAGUCCCCCCAGGUGCUCAGCUCAGUGCUCAACGUCCGCUCCCCGACCAGCUCUCCCGGCCACCUCAAGUCACCAUCUAUGGCUGCCUCUUCUCCAGGGUGGGUGCCCUCCCCCAAAAAUGCCCUCUCCAGCCCUGGCAUCGGCCAGGGCAAGCCGGCUAUCGGAAUGAGCAACUCUGCAACCCUGGGCACCAUCGAGCAAGAUCCACCCCCAUCCCAGAAUCCCCUGUCACUCAUGAUGAGCCAGAUGUCCAAGUACGCCAUGCCCAGUUCCACCCCCCUCUACCACAACGCCAUCAAGACCAUCGCCACCUCCGACGACGAGCUGAUGCCUGACCGGCCGAUGCUGCCGCCAGGAGUCAUGGCAGGCGUGGGAGGCAGCCAGCCCAGCCAGCUGCACAUGAACUCUGUGGGGGCCGCCCCAGCUCAGAGCCCCAUGGCCGUCAGCCUCCCCGGACAGCAGCCGCUCUCCCACGAGCCUCCGGCGCCCAACAUGUCCUCCCCGAGCCCGCUGGGCUCCAACAUGCCCAUGCACAGCAGCGCCCCACCCCAGGCCCCCUUGCUGCUGCCGCCCGGGGCCCAGGACUCGCUCAAUCAGCCGUGCGGCCCCCCAGGCCAGCUGGUGUUCUCCACCCGCCUGCAGCCACCCCCCACCAACGGCGGCAGCCUGCCAGGGCCCGGGGGCCCAGGGGUGCCACAGCAGCACUAUGCGCCUGGCAUGGGCCUGGCCCCAGAGGAGCUGCCCCCGCCCGGCUCGAUGGUUCCGCAGCAGCAGCAGCAGCGUCUGGCCGGCAGGCUGCCCGAGCCCUACCCGCCCGUGCUUCCCGGCGUGGCUUCAGUGCUGAACGACCCGGACCUGAGCGACGUGAUCCGCCCCACGCCCACCGGCAUUCCCGAGUUCGACCUGUCGCGCAUCAUCCCAUCCGAGAAGCCCAGCAGCACGCUGCAGUACUUCCCGAAGGGCGACGGGCAGCCCCCCAAGGCCCAGCCCCCCUCCAACCUCCAUCUCAUGAACUUGCAGAACAUGAUGGUGGAGCAGGCCCCGGCCCGGCCCGGCCCACAAGGCAUGCCCACGCGGUCCAUGGCCAUGUGCCACCCGGGACAGGUGCCCGUGCUGGGCAGGACAGGCCUGGCGCCCCAGCAAGCCAUGAUGGGGAGCAGCAUGCACCAGGGCAUGAUGUUGCCUCAGCAGAACCUGAUGGCCCAGCAGAACUUCUUGCUGAUGCAGGCCAAGCAGCGCAGCAUGUCCGUGUCGGGCGAGAUGUACGCGCCGCCGGGCCACCUGCUCUCCCCGCAGGGCUCCCUCAUGGGCCCUCCCCCCCAGCAGAACCUCAUGGUCUCCCACCCCAUGCGCCAGCGCAGCGUCUCCCUGGACAGCCAAAUGAGCUACGGCCCGGGAGCCGGCAGCAUGGCCAACCUGCCCUUCUGA